CGGAGCUUCACUGAAGUUAUUGACAUCCAGCAGGUUAUUAUAUUUUCUACUACAGUAGAAAGCAGCUGGCGCGAAGUUUUCCGGAAGUAUCCAGAAUAAAUAAUGUUAAAGAUAUAUUAAAGGCGUCAAACAUGUCGGAUAGUGUUCGAUACUGUGCGAGGUGCUCGUACCUUCUUCUGAAGUUUGCUUUAGUGGCUUAUGCUACGGUUUUCUGGCUAAUAGGUGGCUUCAUCUUGGCCAUUGGCAUUUAUGCUGAGGUGGAGAGGCAGCGCUACAAAACUCUGGAAGGGGUCUUCUUCGCCCCAGCAAUCAUCCUCAUCUUGCUGGGGAUUGUCAUGUUCAUCGUCUCGUUCAUUGGUGUAUUGGCGUCACUGCGAGACAACUUGACUCUCCUCAAAGUGUUCCUCUACACAUUGGCAAUCUGUCUGAUCAUGGAGCUCCUGGGUGGAAUUGUGGCUCUGCUAUUCAGGAACCGAACAGUGGAUCUUCUUAACAAAAAUGUCCGUAAAGGCAUGGAGAAUUACUACGACGAUCUAGACUUCAAAAACAUCAUGGACUUUGUUCAAAGGAAGUUUAAAUGCUGUGGUGGGGAGGAUUGGAAGCAGUGGUCAGUGAACAUGUACCACAACUGCUCAGCCCCUGGACCUCUGGCCUGUGGAGUGCCUUAUACAUGCUGUGUGACCAAGCCUAAUGAAGUUACAAACACGUUAUGUGGGUACAAAGCCAUAAAUAAAGAGAGAGUAGAACUCACAGACACCAUUAACGUGCGAGGAUGCACUGAUACUGUCUUCAUCUGGUUAAUGGAUAACUACAAGAUCAUGGCUGGACUCCUACUUGGAAUUUUACUUCCUCAGUUCUUUGGUGUGAUUGUGACCUGGCUGUACAUCACUCGCGUGGAAGACGCCAUCGAGGAGUACGGGAACUAUCAGGACAGCCUGAUCACCAGCAAGAAACAGAACAAGCUGGCAAAGUGCUGUAAAUGCAUGCCUCUGUUUGACUAAGUGAGCUUAGACCUUGGAGACUCUUGAACCUAAGUGCUUGAGGGUAAAGUACACAAUCUUAUUCACCAUGAACCACAUGGGCGUUUCUCUCUCAUUAAAGUGUUCUUUUACAGGUUGUAUUACUGCUGAUUGUAGACAGUCCUCAGGAAUCUUCGAGCCACCAGUAUAUUUUAUUUUACUGUUUCUUAAAGACUUAAAGGUAAAGCUGAAACAAUCUACUUUGUUGUCAUAGUGUGCAGCUCUGGUAUAAUUCAUACAUAAUGUCAUAAUUGCACUGGACAAAUACAACUAAAGUCAGUUUUAGAAGUAGAUAAUGAUAAAGAAUCAUUUUUUUCAUAUUUUUAUGAUCAAUACAUGUUUAAAAAAAAAAUGAAACACCGUGUAUUUGGACAACUUUUUUAUAUAUGUAAAUUGUGCUGUUUACUCGAAGGGAUAUGAAAAGUUUGCUUCUCGUUUUAUUAAAAAAACUAAAAUUAUUUAAUUUUUUUAAGCACUCUAGUACUGUAAGCUGUGUAUCUUGCUAUAACCACUUUCUAAAGCAUUAAUUUUAAAAAAUGCUACCCAUUAUUAGACUAAUGUAUGUUUAUGGUGGAUGUUCCUGGGACUGGAAAAUGCUACAAAGAGAGCAAGUGAUCAAGAACAAGAUUCACAAAAGAAGCAGUAAAAACAGUCUAAAGAUGCUGGGUUUAAAUGUCCAGUUUGACCCAAAUCCCCAGAACACAAAAAUCAGACCUGAGCCACUUUUGUAUGUCAUCUUGGAUCAGAUACAUGUCUGAUAUUUGGCGACUCCACAUGAAUGAGAGAAGAUUUACACGUAUAUCACUGUCGUCUUCAUCAUAUAGCACCAGUUCAGUGGAAGGAUGUGGAAAGUAGUAACUUGCUGUAGUAGUGAUUACAGAAUUGAAUCUAUUAACACUGAGUAGUGUUCAAAACACUUGCCUAAGAUGUGCAAAAGUGCAGCCAAAAACAAAUGUGUGUAGUUCUAAAUAAAUCCUCUUCACACCUCUGUUCCACCAUCUCCUUCUAUUCUCUCUGGUUCUCACACAUCUGUCUGCGCACAGCUGCCAGCAUUAGCUGCAGAAACUCUUUCUUCACUUGAUCGUGUUGCACAACGUUACGUCUAAUCUAGAUAUGUCACUUAUGUCGCGAAGGUCCAUUAAAAAACAAAAUCAGAAUUGUGUAAUGAAGCUGCACAUGUGAACGCAGCCUUGUGUCAUUUUCAAAAUGUGAACAUCAGGCUUUAAGUAAGUUGCCGAUAGUUAGUUAUGUGCCAUACUGUAGAAAACGUGCCUAAAUCUAAUCAGUUCAGCUUGUAACCAGUUACUUAUCAUCAUCCUGUCCACCAGACUUCAGUAACAUUCCCUCUUUUUCACUUCCGGAGGUUUGGAACCAGAGUUUAAAAGCGUUGUGACUCUAUAUGUGAUUGAGUUUCAUGCCAAAGAGAAACAUUUCUGUUUCAUGUAGAUUUCAGACAAUUACAAAGGAUUUCUUAGACCCUCGUGCAUAUUAAUUAUCCUGAUUAUACACAUUUAAUGUAUCUGAAUGUUAAAUAUAAUUGGCCUUGACCUUUUUUACUCCCUGGAGACGGUGUAUUUGGCACAAUUAACAUCACUUGUAGAUAUUUGGUUCUUGUAAACAUCAUUUCCAAUCUCUCUCCAGUUCUUUUCAGAGCCAUGAGAUUAAUACAGCUCUGAGCAAAUGUUUAAACCUGCAUGAUUACUGGCUCUCGUUCACCCGAGCACCUGCUGUGACUUUCCCAAUACAAACACCACCUUAAUCUUUGUAUUCUGAUGAAAUUGACAGAGCUGGAAGGUACUGUAGAAUAUAAUAAGCAGUUUUCGAAACAAAGAGCUAUAGUGACAUGCAGCUUAAUGAGCGUCAGUUUGCUGCAGUUUCAUUCCUACUGUAAUGAUAGUUUAAUGAAAUGUGUGAAUUAUUUGGGUUCAGUUGGAUUUUUUUAAUGAUUUCAGAAUUCUUUUACACACGGGAAACGAGGUUUAAAAAUGAAACAGAGUAAUUACAAUUUUACGAUUUCAAUCCUUUAUUCUAUAAAUUAUAUGCAUUUUGCGGGUAGUCGGUUUGUGGGUGAAUGAAAUUCUAAAACAUUUUAUUACCUUUCGAUUUUCCAUUUUUCUGUUGAUUUAAUUCAGAUUUUUCAACUCUUUUAAUCUAGCUGAAAAUAAAGCUUUGUGUGUUUUUCUCUGUAUUUAAUAUGAUGAAUAAAUAAAAACAAGCUGUGUGUUAGAUUUGAAUUUUUUCUAUCCUACACCAUGCCACUGCUGAAUCCUGAAAUUUCAUUGGUCACAAGGUGUUUCAUUUUCAGUAACGUCAUAGUUUUAGUAGUAAUUAGGUUUAUCACUGUUUAUUUCUGCUAUAAUGUAUGUGAUGGCAAAAUAGAACUUGUUUACAGACCUUCCACUACAUUAAAUGUAAUAAUAAAUCAAAAAGUAUGA